AUGGAUCCCAUCGAGCCCGUAGAGGGCUCAACGGCCCCGGCUAGUGUUCCGGAGCAGUCUGAAGCAUCGUCCUCGCGACCACAAUUGGCGACGACUUCGCGCCCACGAGCCCCUUCAAACCGCACGCGCCGACCUAGCAUCCGCCUGUCGCGCCUACCCUCCGUUUCCUCAUUGGAUACGGUCAACAUCCAGCAACAACAACCGCAGACGCUUUCUGACAACCAACCCGGUCCUUCCCUUACCCGCCAGGUAUCAGUGAGAUCGCCCGUGCAGGAGGAGGAUGAAUCGUCGCAGGGUGGCCGGCGACGCAGCAACUCCGAACCGCGACCGGGACGAUGGUCUUCUCCUCCUCAGAAUGUUCUCACUCGAGUGGCAACACCUAUGGGGUGCUUAACUGAAGAGUCCUCUCAUCAAAGCCCAAUGCCGGAAUCCUCGCAUGAGCUCACUGCCCAGCAAACAGCGGAUGAUCAACUUCAACCGCCACCGGCGGCACUCGCUCGUCCGGCAUCGCGGAAUGUGCUGCGCCGAACUAGUCAGGCGGCGUUGAACCGGUUCUCCCGCAAUCGCGCAUCGACAGUCAGCGGAGCGCCGCCAGCACUCGAGGCGACUAAAAAACAGCCAGUGAACGAAUAUGGAUCUCACAUAGUCGACGUGUUGGACGUGAUUGAUCCGGAGGUCUCGGCCUUAUCCACCCUUACUAAUGUGCAAAACUCACUGUUCAUUCCUAAUCUGGGCGGUUUCAUCAAUCGCAUGCCCACCUACCAACUGUCGAGAGCGCCUCCGUCCGACGAAGAGCAGGGAACCUCUACAGAUGAAGCAGUGUCAUUGGAGGAAAGGCAAAAGAAAGAACGCCCGAAGAUGGAGCAAUUGCGCCCGUUUAGUAGCAUGUCUUCUGUGCUUCAGGGUCCUCGAUAUGCUGUUCUACCCGAUGGCCAUGAGCUCGAGGGAUGGACCAAGGAAGACUUUGCCGAAUUGAAUGAUCAUGUCCGGCAUAUGCUGCACUCCCGACGGUCCAAAUUUAAGCGAUCUAUGAGGGGAUUCGGCCAAUAUAUACGAAGGCCCCUGGGAUUCCUUGUUACCCUCUAUGCAACCCUCAUUACCCUGUUCGGUCUUGCCUGGGUUCUCUUCUUGAUUGGUUGGAUCAAUGUCGGUGGAAGACAGCUCUAUGUUAUCAAUGUUAUUGACAACGUUCUUGUGGCACUAUUCGCCAUUAUGGGUGACGGAUUAGCCCCCUUCCGAGCUGUGGAUACCUACCACAUGAUUUUCAUUGCGCAUUAUACGAUGCUGACCUGGAAGAUCCGUGAGGAGCGGAAGUUGCCCAAUCUCAAAGACAAGAACGAUCUCCCUGCUCAGGAGGAAAAGAAUGCCGAUGUCGAAGAUACCCCCCAGGAAGAAGAGUUUGAGUACUCCGUGCUCGAUGCCCGCCAGCAACAGCGUCUGAUGCACCACCAGGCAAAAUUUGCCAAGUCACACACCUUUUAUAAGCCGCAUGAGACAGUCACCCACCACGCUUUCCCUCUGCGCAUCCUCAUCGCCAUCGUCGUUCUCCUCGACUGCCACUCUCUGCUCCAGAUAGCACUAGGCGCUUGUACUUGGAGUAUGGAGACCCCAGGAGAGCGGCCCUUUGCACUGACUACCGUCAUCCUGUGCUGCUCGAUCACCUGCAACAUUACUGGUGGUGUGCUGAUCAUGAUUGGUGAUCGGCGCACGCGCAAGAAGGAUGUUGUGGAGCGUCUCUUCCGUCAAGAGCUGACCGAGGAAGCAAUGAAGAAGAUGGAGAAGAAAAAGGUCAAAGAGGAACGCAAGAGUAUGCAGCUUGAACGUGAAGAGCGUAAGAGUAUGCAGAUCGACCGUGAAGGGCGCAAGAGUACGCAACUUGAACGGAAAGAGCGUACUAGUACGCAUAUCGACCGGCAAGAAGUCGAGCCCGAAACUCCGCAGACUGAACGCCCCGAUCCAUUUGCCAGCUCUUGA